UCAGUGCAUUCUGUCAGCAGCAGACAACAGCAAAGAUGGCAUCAGCGCUAAACCUAGUGUUGUUCUUCUGUGGCAUCAGUGGACUGUUGACUGGAAGUUGGUCUUUUGAACAUGGCUACGAUGAUAAAGAUCAUUGCUGUCCUGAAGGCUGGACUCAGUUGAAUGAUCGCUGCCUCAUUUUCCACAAUGUGCGCGUCAAUUUUGUUACUGCCGAGAGCUUUUGCACCUCUCUUGGUGGCAAUCUGGUGUCAAUCCACAACCAACUGGAGAAUGAAAUCGUCCGACAGCUAAUUCUGGAAGGGGCUGGCUCUAAUGUGCUUACUUGGAUUGGACUCCAGGACACCAUUGAGGAUUUGAAUUUCAUUUGGACGGAUGGAACUCCCUUUGAUUUCAACGACUGGGCUCCCAACCGUCCAAGGACGAAUGAUAACGGUCAAGACUGUGUAGAGAUCAACUUCCGAGAGUCCUUUUGGAACGAUCGUCGUUGCGGGUCUAACAGACGUUUUGUCUGUGCCAUGGAUUCUUUAAAACAUUAGGCAUAUUUGAUGCCUUUUUUCAUUGUGCAUUAUUUUUUGCGGUUGAUAUGCAACAUCGAAUAAAGACAUCUGCA